AUGCCGUACGGUGGCUUCGAGACGGGGUGUUCCGCGCCAUGUCUGCUGAGCUCGUCCGCUGCGAGCCAGAGGCAUCGCAGCAAUGAGCGCACCGGGGCCUGGGAGGCUUCGGUUGCGGCAGGCAGCGCGGAAACCCGGUGUGGUGCCGCGCCAGCGGCCAUCCUGUUCCCCUCGUUCGAGCCGACGACGGGCAAGCGGCGCUUCUCGCACAUCCCUCGGUUCGGCCGAGGGGGCGCGGAUCCGCCAAUAAAGCUCGUCGAUGCCGACCCGAAGCCGACGAACGGAGGUUUUCGGCCGUGGCAGUGGUUCCGGCUCCCGGGGCAGCGGAAGAAGGACUUCGAGAUCGACCUGUCGGGCCCCGGCGACCCGGCGCAGGGUCUGAUGCAGUGGAUGGCGCGGAACGUCCCGUUCAUGGUCAACCUGACUCCGCACACGCCCAACAACAAGGCCAAGCUGAUGGACGUGCGCCAGUUCUUCCAGUACGUGGAGAAGGAGACCGUGCGGCUGUUCCAGUCCCUCGACUCGGACGGCGACGGCGAGGUCACCAUCGACGACCUCAAGUACGCUGCGUCCCGCAGAGGUCUGCCGGAGGAGUACGCGCGGAUCCUGAUGCGUGCGGGGCGCAAGGGCCAGUGGUGGCGCACGUCGCUGACGUACGAGGACUUCCACGACGUCCUGCGCGAGCGCGAGCAGGCGUGCCUGUGCGCGUACACCGCGCUCGACGUGGACCAGGAGGGCAAGAUCACGGCCGACCGCAUCCGCGACAUGCUCGAGACGGCGGGCGUGCGCGCCACCGAGGCAAACACGCGUGCCAUGCUGCGCGUGGUCAACCCGGGCGCCGCGGACGCCGGCUCGGACGGGCUCGACGGCGAGGUGUCGUACGGGCGCUUCCGGGACCUGUUCAUCUUCAUGCCGACGGACGCGCUGCGCACGACGGAGCCGACGCAGCUGUGGUACGACGCGGCGACGACGGUGCCGCUGGGCCCGCCGGUGGAGGCGGACGACAUCGAGAAGGACAAGGGCCCCGGGCGGACGCAGGGGCGGCUGCUGCUGCGGGCGGCGCUCGCGGGCGGCAUCGCGUCGGGGAGCUCCACGCUGCUGAUGCACCCGCUCGACACGCUGAAGACGCGGCUGCAGGCGACGGCGGGCGCGACGAUCGGCGAGGUCGUGCGGUCGGCGCCGAAGAUCGGGCCGCAGGGGCUGUACCGCGGGAUCAUUCCGGCGGUGACGGGCACGGCGCUCGGGCACGGGAUGCGCACCUUCUCGUACGAGGCGGCGCUGGGGGUGCUGCUGAAGUGGACGCACGGGGCGGCGGAGCUGCAGAUGCAGGGGCUCGCGUCAGGCCUCGGCACGGUGGUCGGGACCGCGAUCCGGAUCCCGUGCGAGGUCAUGAAGCAGCGGCUGCAGGUCGCGCGGCACCAGAACGUGGUCGAGGCGGUGCGCGUGGCGCUGCAGACCGAGGGCCCGAGGGGGAUGUUCCGCGGCACGCCCGCGCUGCUGGGGCGCGAGGUGCCGUUCUACGCGCUCGGCAUGGUCGUGUACGAGCAGAUGAAGGGCUUGUUCAACGGGCGACUGUUUACGGGGAAUGCGAGGGAGCUGAAGCCCUGGGAGUGCAUCGCGAUCGGGGCGCUGAGCGGCGCGGCGACGAACUUCGUGACCAUGCCCAUGGACGUCCUCAAGACGCGGCUCAUGACGGCGCCCGCGGGCGCCUCGGUGUCCGCGCUCCCGCUGCUGGUGCACAUCGUGAAGAACGAGGGCGUUCGCGCGCUGUGGAAGGGCUCGAUCGCGCGUGCGAUCUGGAUCGCGCCCCAGGGCGCGAUGAACUUCUCCGGCUACGAGCUCGCCAAGCGCGCGCUGGACAAGCGCGCAUCGCAGAAGGCGGACGAGCAAGGCGGCGCCGCGGAGACCGCCGGGGAGGGCGCGAAGAGGGAGAAGCCGCGGGAGCGAGGCGCGGGCGCGGCCGAGGAGGGCGGCGGCGGCGGCGACGCGUUGGAGGGGGUGCGCAACGUUGCACGGUCGCUGGUGGUGGGCCUGAGCCGUCUGCGGAAGAGGCCGGACGAGAGCGGGGACGCCGUGCCGCAGGAGGGGGAGAAGGGCGGCGCGAAGGGUGCGCCGGGGAGCAAGGAGGAGGCAGCGGGGAAGGGCGACAAAGGUGGCCUGUCGCGGUCGGCGUCGGAUCCGACGGGGCAGAGCUCGGGCGGAGAUAAGGGCGGCAAGUGA